UCUGGAGCCGAGAGGAGAAGUGCGCACUUCAAACACACCGAGCGGACACACACACACACACACACACACACCUACCGAGCGGACACACACACACACACACACACUCAAACUUUCUGAUUUUGGAUUUUAUUUCUUUCGAGUUUUAUUGUCAGUGAAGAAAGAAACAGCGCGCGUUCACGAUGAGCGCGCACGGGACACCUUCCUCGCGCUUUCCUACCGUGUCGCGCGGAUCGACCAUGCGCGUCACCGACCAGAUGUUCGUGUCCGGAAACGGCUUCCAGCCGGACCUGAGUGAGAACUUAAUGCAGCAGCAGCAGCAGCAGCAGCAGCGCUAUAUUUACAGCAUGAAGACUCAGGAAAGCAUUGUGCGCUUUCAGAAGAAAUGCCAGAUUAUAUAUAAUCGCUGCAUGACCAACCUCGAAUUGGCCCAAAAUCUAAUGGAGCAAGGAGGAUCUAUGGUUGAAUUUCAUAGUGUGAUGGACGCGGUUGGUGAUGACAUGAAUCAGCUUCAUCAGUGUUUAAUGGAAGCAAAGAACUACGGCCAUAACCCUGACUUCGUCAUCAGAAGUCUGGAGGAAUGCAAUGCGUUUUACUCUGAGCUCACAGCCAAUGCAGGACGAAUGACAACACGCCCGUCUCGCACCAGCACAAGCCGAGAGGAGCACAACAGCAAGAGCUUCUAUGAUGCCAUUAGCUGGAUCAACCAACAGAAACGUCUGAUUGAGACAGCACAGUUUGGUGAUGACAGUGCGACCAUUGAGCAGCAGAUCACGAACCACACCAGGUUCCACAGCUCCAUCCAGAGGAGUGCAGAAGUGCAGAGAGCCAGGGAUGAACUGAUGCAGUCAGGAGAUAAGGGAAAUAUUCAUGCUCUGGACCAGGAGUGGGACAUGUUACAGAAAAUGUCUCAUGACCGUAUGAAUCAGCUGCGAGAUAUGCAGAGCAUCCUCUCCGACAUCUCUCAGGCCAUCAUGUGGGUGAACGACAGAGAGGAGGAGGAGCUCAUGUUCGACUGGGGUGAUAAAAACAUCGACACCUACAUCCCCAAGAAACAGGAAAGCUACUCGAGGCUGAUGAGUGACCUGGAGGUGAAGGAGAAGGAGCUGAACAAGUUGAAAUCCAAAGUGGAUCAGCUGCUGAAGAGCAAUCACCCAGCAUCAGAUAAAAUCGAGGCCUACAUGGACACACUGCAGACUCAGUGGAGCUGGCUGCUACAGAUCACCAAGUGCAUCGACAUCCACCUGAAAGAAAACGCCGCCUACAGCCAGUUCUUUAGGGAGGCGAAUGAGACGUACACCAAACUCCAAAAAGAUGAUGAGAACAUCCGCAAGAAAUUCACUUGCACUAAAACUACACCUCUGGAGUCUCUGACGGAACUGCUGAAAAACCUGGAGAAGGAGAAGGAGAGGCUGGCGGAGAAUAAGAGGCAGGUACAGACGCUGGUGAACAAGUCAAGGAGUAUUGUGCGUCUGAAACCUCGAAACCCAGAGUACAAGAGCAACAGCGCUGUGAUAGUAAAGGCACUGUGUGACUUUAAACAGGACCAGAGGGGUAUUCUAAAAGGGAACGAGGCGAUACUGAAGGAUAACUCUCAGCGCAGUAAGUGGAACGUGACCGGUCCUGGAGGACUGGACAUGCUCAUCCCCUCUGUGUGUCUCCUCAUCCCUCCACCAAACCCACUGUGCAUUGACCUGGCCAACAAGAAUGAGAAGUACUAUGAAGCCAUCAUGGGCAUCUGGAACCAGCUGUUCAUCAACAUUAAGAGUCUGAUCUCCUGGCAGUACUGUCUGAGGGACAUCAAUCAGAUCAACUCACUCACCAUCAACAUGUUGUCUAAGAUGAAGCCUGAGGAGUACCGGAACAUCAUUAAGAGUCUGGAGCAUCACUACGAGGAGUUUCGGCGUCUCAGUCAUCAGUCCAACCUGUUCGAAGAUGCGGACAAGAGGAAGAUUGAGGCAGAUUACAGCAGCGCACAGACGUACUACGACCAAAUCAUCACCCAAUCACAGUCUAACACCAAGUUGAAGCCUCCGGUGAAAGUGAUUCCAGGGAAGACUCCCACAGUCAACAUUAUCGAGGUGGACUCAUCCACGAAGACCCAAACACACAACCUGCUCACACUCACACACACACUGCGUCGCAGACUGGAGGCGGCCGAGGGCGGACUGAGCGAACACCUCCACGUCCCUCUGAGAAACAACAGUGUACAAGAGUGUACACAGAGACUGCAGCUACUGCAGGGUGUUCAUCAUGACCUGGGCUCUAUCCGUGAUGAGUACACGCAUCUCAGAGAGCUGGUGAUGAAGCAGGAAGCGACCGCUGACCCAGAGCAGGCGAAAUUCCUGAGAGCUGAGCUUGAGCUCAUCAACCAGAAACUGAGCAGCUUACACAGCUUCUCCAACUCUUACAUACAGAGGCUCAAUGCUCUGAGAGCUCUCCUGCAGAACCUCAUUCGUGCUGAAGACAUUAUUAAAGUUCAUGAAGCUCGACUAACAGAGAAAGAGACUAGCUCUCUGGAUCUGGGUGAACUGCGGGACUACCGUAAAACACUCAAGAACAUGAAGGCAGAUCUGGAGCAGAGAAAGGAGGUUCUGAGUGCGAUGGAGUCGGACCUGGAUCAGGCUGUUCACUGGAAUGGACAAAUCGAUCAAAACUUCCACCAGUGUGACGUGGACUUGGCCAAAUUCAAAGAGCUAGUGACGCAGCUGAACGACCGCUGGAUCCGCAUCAUCUCUCAGAUCAACACCAGGCAGGGUGAUCUGGAGAAACAGGAGAAAAAGCUUGAUGAGUAUAAACAGAGCCACACCAGCGUUGACCAGUGGAUCGACCAAACGAGUCGUCGUCUAGACACGCUCCAGAGCUACAAACUGAACACAGUGCAGGACCUGAACGACCAUAUGAACCAACACAAGACACUGCAUUCUGAGAUUAAGGGGAAAAAGGACAAAGUGGACGAAGUGCAGAAGGACGCCAGCACUUGUGCUGCCUCCAUAAAGGAUUAUGAGCUGGAGCUGGCGUCGUACAGUGCCGGAUUGGAGACGCUGCUCAACAUUCCCUUCAAGAGAACCAUGCUGCAGUCUCCAGCCACUGUACUGAACCAGGAGGCCGCAGAUGUUCAGUCUCGUUAUAUCGAGCUUCUGACUCGCUCGACUGAUUACUACAAGCUCCUCACUGAGAUGCAGAAGAACAUGGAGGACCUGAAGAUGCGAAACACUAAAAUUGACCUUUUGGAGGAAGAACUAAGGCGCCUGAGGGACGACUUGCAGGAACGCUCGCAGAAGAACAGGUCCCUGGAGGACAUCUUGGCCCGUUACAAACUAGAACUCUCCCAAUCUAAGGAACAGUUAAUCUCUAUGGAGGAAGUGAAGAGCACUGAGGCCAUAAGGUACCAUGCAGCUAGAGAGAACCUGGACACCACCCAAAAUCAGCUAAAAGACUUAAAUGACCAGGUGGCCCGGCUUACGCUGCUUAUUGAAGAGGAGAAACGUAAGCGAAGGCUGGCUGAGGAGCGUUAUACCAGCCAACAACAGGAGUAUGAGGCUGCCAUCCGCAAGAGACAAAAAGAGCUGGAUGAACUUAACUGGUCCAAGAUCGACUUUGAGAAGGCCAUCAAGGACAAGGAGCGGGAGAUUGAGCGUCUGAAGAUGCAGUUGGAGGACGAGGGCUCUCGGCGCCGAGCAGCGGAAUCUGAAACCUCUAAGGUAAGAAACCAGUUGAACCAGGAGAUCAGUACUCUAAAACAAACGUACGAGUCCGAGAUCCACGUCACCAAAACCACCGUGCUAAAGGCUACACAGCAAAAGGAAGAGGACAAUGCUGCCUUGAACCUGCGGCUGGAGAGGCUCAUGGAUGAGAAACGGGAUCUUGAAGAGGAGCUCAGGAGGCUUCAGUUGUCCAUCAGCCAAAUGGAAGAAGCCAGAAAGAGGGCUGAGCAGGAAGCUUACCAAGAAAGAUCCUCAGGAACAGAGGAGACCAGAAAGCGAAAGGAACUAGAGAUACACAUUCAAACCAUCACACGACAGAGGACUGAACUUGAGACCAAGUACAAGGAAGAACUUGCCCAGGCCAACAACAGAACGCAAGAAAAAGUCCGUCAGAUAUCAGUCCUUACUCAAAACCUGGAUGAGGAGACCCGGAAGAGAAAAGCUCUGGAACAAGAGAACCAAAGACUGCGACAGUCAGAGGCAGACUUGCUUGCCAAGCACACAUCCUCGCUGGAAGUCAUCAACAAACUAAAGAUCACGGAGAAAGAGACAAACCUUAUUCGUGUUGAGCUGGAGAAGCAAGCAAGUGAAAAAGGAAAAGUGGAGCUGAGCGCUGCCAGGAUGCAGACUCGCAUUAAAGAUUUACAGGACAUGAUAGACAACCUUGAGGCUGAGCUGGAUAAAGAGAAAAAAGGCAACCAGGAUGAACUUACGAGGAGAAAGAGGAUAGAAGCCGAGCUGGAAAGGGUGAAUCAGUUGUGCAGAGAGUACACAACUACCAUUAACACUCUCCAUGUCCAUAAGGAGGAGGAGAGUGCCACUGGCCGAAGGCACGAACAGGACCUCCGUCGUGUCCAGGAGGAGCUGGACAAAUCUCGGAAGGAGCACACGGUAACUUCUGAGAAACUUAGCAGGCUGACGGCCGAGCUGAAGGCCUUGCAGCAGCAGCUGAUUCAAGAGCAAGCCCGUGUCCGGGAGGUCAACCUACGCAACGAGACUCUCUACAAGACCAUAGAGGAGAAGAGCCGAGGGUUAAAUGAAAGCAUGUCUGAAAUUGAGAAGCUCAAGAGUCUCACUCAAAACCUCACCAAGGAAAGGCUGAAGCUAGAGGAGGAGCUGAGGAGUGUACGCCAGGAACGGGAUGACUUACGGAGCAACAAAACCAGCAACGAGAGUGAACAUAUGGCCCAACUGUCAGCCAUACAGCUCCAGCUUCAGACCUCAAAUAAGAGAAGCCUAGAGCUCCAGGCCCACAUUAGUGAGCUGACAAAAGAGAGAGAAAAUUUAAAGGCGGAAAUAGCCAAAAUCCAAAAGCAAUAUACGGAGACCUCCCUGAUCAUACAUGAGUCUCAGACACACUACAAGGAGAUCCUACAAGAGAGAGAUAGUCUCCUGGCCAAACUUAAGUUGCUGGACAUGGACAAAGGGAAGCAGCAGCGCUCUGAGGAAGAGCUGAGUCGCAUCAAGAUGUCACUAGAAUCAGAGCUGCGUCAGAAGCAGCGCCUCCAAGAGGAAAUGGACAAAAUCCGCAAGGAUUUUAACUACUGGAAAAGCCAAUAUGAGAUAAAGGAUGGUCAAGUUAGACAGUGCCAGACAGAUAAAGACAAGGCAGAGAGGGACAGGGCUUCACUGCACAGUGAGAUCACAAAACUGACCGCUGAGCUUAGAAGUGUAGAGGAACGGUACCGCACUCGACUACAGAGCUCCGAGUUUGAAGUGUCUGAACUCACCCGCAAGCGAGAGGCUCUGGAAAGGGAGCUGAGGAAGCUGCAACAACGUCCAAACGCCUUUACUAAGCAGACACAGACAGAUGAGAAAGUGGCCAUGAUUGACCCAUCAAAGCUUGUUUUUGAUGGCAUUCGCCGAAAGGUAACAGCUCAUCAGCUUUGUGACUGUGGGAUCAUUGAUAAAGCCAUCCUCGAUAAGCUGCUGAAGGGCCAGAUCACAGUGUCGGAUGUUUCGGUGAAUAUUCAGCGCAGUCUUAAGGGUGCAGGGAUUAUUGCAGGUGUUCAGCAAGGUUCCCAGAGCAGAAUGCCAAUCACAGAAGCUAAAAGUAAGAACCUGCUGAGUCCACAGAGUGCCAUGAUGUUGCUGGAGGCUCAAGCCGCCACUGGCCACGUGAUUGAUCCAAAGUUUAAUGAGAAGAUGCCAGUAGAUACAGCCUGCUCAAGAGGUAUUGUUGACACAGAGGACAGGGACGCCCUCAUUACAGCUGAGGCAGCUUGUACAGGGUUCAAGGAUCCAUUCACAGGAAAACUUUUAUCCGUUGGACAGGCAUGCAAGAAAGGACAACUUGACAAAGAGAAGGCCAUUCGACUGCUCCAGGCUCAAGAAGCAGCGGGAGGGAUAAUUGACCCUGUGCUAAGUGUGUUUCUACCCAAAGACAUUGCCUUAGAUCGUGGCUUGAUUGAUGAAGAGCUUUAUCGUGCUCUGAACAAAAAGCCAGCUUGUUAUAUCAAUCCAGCAACUGCAGACAAGAUCAGCUACAGUGACUUGAGGAACAAGUGUGUCACAGAACCUGCAACUGGCCUUCUCCUGCUCCCUGUAAAUGAUAACUCGGAGUUCGUCCAGGGAAUCCGUGGCCAAGUCUCGCUCACUGAGCUUGUAAAUUCCAACCUAAUUAAUGAGGGAGAUGUGGACAAAGUGAAAAGAGGCCUGCUCACAACUAAAGAAAUUGAAAAUAGGCUAAAGACGUACCUGUCUGGCUCUGGUUGCAUCGCUGGCAUUUAUGAUGAGGCUCAGGAUAGAGUCAUGCCCUUCUACCAGGCCAUGAAAGAAAAUCUUCUCCGUCCAGGAACAACGUUGGAACUUCUGGAAGCGCAGGCUGCAUCAGGCUUCAUGAUUGAUCCAGUCAGUAAUGCCUGCAUGACAGUGGAGGAUGCAUGGAAGAGAGGCCUCGUGGGUAAAGAAUUUAAAAAUAAACUGCUGUCUGCCGAGAAGGCUGUGACUGGAUAUCGCGAUCCCAGUACAGGGCAGCUCGUCUCACUCUUUCAAGCUAUUGAAAAAGAGCUUAUCGAAAAGGGGCAUGGCAUUAGGCUUCUGGAGGCUCAGAUAGCCAGCGGUGGAAUCAUUGAUCCCAAAGAAAGCCAUCGCAUUGAUGUGGAUGUGGCUUACCGUAGAGGUUACUUUGACCGUGAGAUGAAUGAAAUUCUGACAUAUGAAGGUGAUGACACAAAGGGCUUCUUCGACCCAAACACUCAAGAAAAUCUGACCUAUCUGCAGCUGCAGAAGAGAUGUAUUUCUGACCCUAAGACUGGUCUGCUCCUGCUGCCUCUGAAGGACAAGAACAAGCAGAAGCAACAGACAAGUCAAAAAAACACUCUUCGCAAGAGGAGAGUGGUGAUUGUAGACCCAGACACAGGAAAAGAGAUGACAGUUCGUGAGGCUUAUCACAAAGAGCUGAUUGACUAUGACACGUUUCUGAAUCUUUCGGAGCAAGAGUGCGAGUGGGAGGAGAUCACCAUCACAGACUCAUCUGGCAAGAGUCGACUAAUUAUUGUUGACUGUAAAACAGGUACACAGUACGAUGUCCAGGACUACCUGGACAAGGGCAUUAUUCAAAAAAGUGCCUUAGAACAGUACCGCUCAGGGGCUCUCACGCUCGCCCAGUUUGCUAAUCUCUUUUCAAACAAAGGCACAAGUUCUGAGCUUUCCAUCUGCACCAGCAUCCCAGAAGAUAUUACAACCUGCAGUAGCCCCACUGAAGUUAGACCAUCUUCUCCAACGGUCCGCAAACGCUUUGCUAGUGUUUCCAUCACACUCUCCCCUCCUUCUGAUAUUCUGGAUGACCAGAGCCCGGUGGCAGCCAUCUUUGACACUGAAACCUUGGAGAAGAUUACAAUAAGUGAAGCUCAGCGUCGCGGAAUAGUCGACACGAUCACAGCACAGCGGCUCCUGGAGGCCCAGGCAUGCACUGGAGGUGUCAUAAACCCUGCCACUGGCAAGAGGCUCUCUCUGCAAGAUGCUGUACAUCAGACCAUCAUUGAUGAGGAAAUGGCCACCAAACUCAAGCCAGCUCAGAAAGCUUACACUGGAUUUGAGGACGUGAAAACCAAAAAGAAAAUGUCUGCUGCAGAGGCCAUUAAAGAAAAAUGGUUGCCGUAUGAGGCUGGGCAGAGGUUCCUGGAAUUCCAGUACCUGACUGGAGGUCUGCUGGAACCAGGAAGUGGCAAGCGAGUCAGCAUUGAAGAAGCCAUUCGAAGAGGUUGGCUGGAUGGUAGAGGAGCCCAGAAGCUGCAGGACACCAGGAGCUACUUGAAGAGCCUCACCUGCCCUAAAACUAAGCUGAAGAUUUCAUAUAAAGAAGCAAUGGACAACUGCAUGGUGGAAGAGACCAACGGAAUGAAAAUGCUCCAAGCCACAUCAAUGUCCACCAAGGGUAUCAGUAGCCCCUAUAACGUCUCCUCUGGACCCAGCUCCCGCACUGGAUCUAGAGCCGGAUCCCGGGGAAGCUCCAGGAGUGGAUCACGUCGAGGCAGUGUGGAUUACUCCACCUCCACUUACAGUUACACCUCCUCAUCUAGUGCAUUUACUUCCUUCCCUUAACAGCUUCAAACAUGCAUCUGUGGUGGCUAAUACUUUCACAUACAACUACUCAUUUUCCACAUAUAUAUAGAUAGAUAUAAAACAAUCUAUUAGAUUAAGAUAGGGUUUGGGAAUAUUAUACAUGACUCUUCUGGAUUAUCACUUACCUAAUCAGUUUUGUUUGGGUUAUUGGUGUCAUAUUUAGGUGCUUCUAUUUCUGACCUGCAUUUUAAAUCAGUAGAUUUUUGCAUCAUGUUAGGGUAGGGAUUAUACUUUAAUAAAAAUUAACAUGUAUCGCAAUAUCUACAAGUUGUGUUAUUUUCGUAGUUGUUCUGAACUUGAUUGAACAUUUUUAGAGCAUUAAAAUUGUAAUAAUAUAAUAAUCUUCUGAAAUUACAGAAAUGAUUAGAGUGAAUAAUUUUAUAACGUAUAAUUUGAAGACUGUCAAAACACUUUGUACUAACACAUGACGACAAAUUAUAAAUAAACUCUGUUUCCACUCA